AUGGCUUCAUUCGCCAGAGGCAACGCUGCAGCAACAGAGGCAGCUGCAAGCGCAGCAGCAGCAGCAGAAGCAGCAGCAGCAGCAGCAGCAGCAGAUAGAGGUGCACAUAGUGAUCUGCCCAUCAGCAGCAUCAGCCGCAGCAGCAGCAGAAUCUGCAGCCGCAGCAGCAGCAGAAUCCGUGGCCGCAGCAGCAGCAGAAUCUGCAGCAGCAGCAGCAGCAGCAAAAUGUGCAGCCCCAGCGUCAGCAGGAUCUGCAGCCGCAGCAGCAGCAGAAGCGAGCGGGAGGAGAGCUGCAGCAGCCAUCAGCAGCAAAUUCAAAACAGCAGCAGCAGCAGCAGCAGCAGCAGCAGCAAGUGCGCUGAGCAGGGAGAUGGCGAGUGCAGCAGCAGCAGCAGCAGAGGCUGCAGCCCCAGCAGCAGCAGAAGCAAACGGGAGGACAGCUGCGGCAGCCAUCAGCAGCAAACUCAAAGCUGCAGCAGCAGCAGCAGCAGCAGCAGCAGCAGCAGCAGCAGCAGCAGCAAAUGCGCUGAGCAGGUAGAUGGCGCGUGCAGCAGGAUCAGCAGCAGAGGCCGCAGUAACAGCAGCAGCAGAAGCAGCAGCAGCGGAAGCAGCAAGAGCAGCAGCAGCAGCAGCUGCAGCAGGAGCAGCAGCAGGUCGAAGGACGAUGCCUCGGAAUGCGAGAGCAGCAGCAACUGGGAGGUGCACCAGCAGCAGCAGCAGCAGCAGCAGCAGCAGCAGCAGCAGCGGCUGCUGCAUGCAAUUGACGAGGCAGAGCGGCUAGCCAGCGACACACUAGAGGCGAUGCAGCAGCAGCAGCAGCAGCAGCAGCAGCAGCAGCAGCAGCAGCAGCAGCAGCAGGGUGUAUGGCUGCCGCCUUUGGGGCCAUCCUGGAGCGUGGCAUCUCAUCUGCGGUCUCUGAGGGACUUCAAAGGCAAGGGUUUAGGGUUUAGGGUUUAG